AUGUUCUUCACAACCUCCCCAGACGCCCUCUUCAUCCCGCCCAAGACCAUCGACCCCGUGGGCUUCGGCAAAGUCGCCGUCGUCACAGGGUGCGGCUCGGGCGUGGGUCUCGCGUGCGCCCAGCUUCUCCUCGCGCACCAGUACUCGGUCUGCGGGCUCGACGCGCGCGAGUUCAACUACGCUCUGCUCCAGGAGGCGGAUCAUGGCCGGUUCCAUUUCCACCGUGCCGAUCUCACGGAGGCGAGGGCUUGUGAGGAUGGGGUGUAUGCUGCUGUUGCUUCUUUUGGAGGACGUAUCGACUUGCUCGUCAAUGUUGCGGGCGUGAUGGGAUCGUUUAGCAGCGCCGACGGCGUGACGGACUCGGAAUGGGACCGGGUAAUGGCCGUCAACCUCACAGUCCCGGUCAAGAUGAUGAGAGCGGUGAUCCCCUUUAUGCUCGAGAAGAAGUCGGGCGUCAUUGUCAACGUCGCCAGCACGGCCGGCGUCUCGGGGGCUGUGGCUGGGAUAGCGUACACGUGCAGCAAACACGGUCUUAUUGGCGCAACCAAAAACGUGGCAUGGCGUUUUCGCAAGGAAGGCAUCAGGUGCAAUGCGGUACUCCCCGGCGCCAUUGACUCCCGUAUCGGCAAGGCCAUUGCCGCAGGUCACGGAGGGGACGGGGAUGGAGACGAGGGCUUCGAUGCCGAGGCCUACGCACAGGUUGAGCCCGUUCAUGCGCUCCAUGCGCAGGCGUCUGAGUCGACGCCGAAUAUCACGCCGCUCGAGGUCGCGCAGUCGGUGGUGUUUUUGGCGACGGACCAGGCCAGGACAAUUAACGGGGUUAUUUUGCCCAUUGACCAGGCUUGGAAUGUUAUCUGA